AGUCAGCCGGGCUGUGGGCGGCCGCCGCCCGCUCUGGCUUCCUGAGCCAGUCCGCACCGCCGGCCAGCCAGGAGCCGGGAGCAGCCACCUGGUGCCUGCCGUCCUGCAGCCGGCGGCCGGGGGGCUGCCUCUGAGGAGCGGGGCGCAGAGGCUGGCUGGGCAUGAAGGGGGCAGGAGAGGCGGUCUCUGAGGAGCCGGGCCUGACGGCGAGGGGUCCUGAGGGGCCCUUGGGAGGCAGCGGCAGUGACCACCAAGUCCAGAGAGGGGCUGGGAGCUCGUCGGUCGGCUGGGAGCGAGCAGGGCCUGAGGAGGCCGGGGCUCCGGUCAGAGGCGAUGCCAUUCCUCUGUGCGCCUCGCCGCCAGCUGCGGGGACCCCUCCAGGCCAGAUGGGAGCCUACCCCACAGACCUGACCCUGCAGCUGCUGGCUGUGCGGAGGAAGAGUGGGCUCCCGGACCCCCGCCUGCAGCAGGCCCUGCAGGGCCAGCUCCGCCUGCUGGAGAACGAUAGCCGGGAGGUGGCCCGUGCUCUCGGGGAGUUAUCAGCCAGGCUGCUGUCCAUCCACAGUGACCAGCAUCGGAUCGUGGUGACGUUUAAGACUUUCGAAGAAAUCUGGAAGUUCUCCACCUACCAUGCUCUUGGCUUCACUCAUCACUGCCUGGAAAACCUGCUUCUGGACCAGGCCUUCUGGCUGCUCCCGCCCGACGAGGAUGAGGAGGCGGCCAUCCAAGUCCAUGUGGAUGAGGAAGCCUUACAGCUGACGCACGAGAACCUCCUCGCCCAGGAAGGUCCUUUCUUUGUCCUGUGUCCUGACUACCAUGUGAGAGUGACAACUGGCCUCCAGGGUGCAGCAAGGGGUCCUCAGGCCCCCAGCCAGGCUUUGGGGGUCCCGCAGGGGGAGGCAGCCCCGGCAGCGGACUCUUCGGCCCCCUGCCCCAGCACACCCUCCGAGGAACCUUUGAUUGCGUUUCAUCAGUGGGCUCUUAGGGUCCCCUGGGACCCCAGCGAUGACUCCAUGGGGGGAUCCAUGCCACCAGACAGCCCGCUGAUGGCUGUGGGCCUGGCCUCAGCAGCGGCAGACUGCCAGGGCUCGGGGCCCGAAGAGGUGACCUUCCGAGGCGGCGACCACAUCCAGAUCCUGGGCGCACAGGUGCCCGGCCUGCCCUGGUGCGUGGGUCGGCACGUGGCCUCGGGCCAGGUCGGGUUUGUCCGGACGAGUCUCAUCAGUGCGCAGGGCAGAGUGUCUGAGUUGGAAAAUGUGGUUUUUCUCAAUGAGGAAGAAAGGUCAUUCUUCAGGAAGGAAGGACACUUUACUGAGGAGGAUGCCAGGCAGCUCCUGAAGAGGGUGUCUGGCACAGACGUCUGCACGGUGUACAGCCUGGACAGGUUAGAAGAAGCUGAGUUUAAGCAGCCGGAAGAACAAGAAAUGCCUCCGCCUUGCCUGAACCCAGAGCCACAUGAGACCCUGAAGAAGGUGAAGAAAGUUCUAGAACAAUGCAAGUCCUGCCAGGGCUGUGCCAAGGAGCCAAUGUCCUGGGGUCUCCCCGUGGCAUCCAGUGCUGCAAGCUCACCAGACACAGAGGAGCCCUCCUUCUGCCUGGACUCCAGAGAAGACUGGGUGGACCCGGAGGCCCUGGGCUCCCUGCUGCUAUUCCUGGAUGCACCUGGGUACAAGGCCUGCUUCCGAGGCCUGUACGACAUCUCUUUGCCGGGGCUGAGCGGUGUGUUCUGUGGCUUCACGGAUGAGGAGGAGCUAGCCGGGCACCUGGCGCAGGCCCGGGCGGUGGCCAAGAAGGCCGGCUUCCCCAUGGCCCUUGCCAGGCUCUGCUUCCUGCUGGGGCGGCUGUGUGUGCGGAAGCUCAAGCUGUCCCAGGCCCGGGUGUACUUUGAGGAAGCCCUGGGUGCCCUCGGGGGCCGCUUCGGUGACCUCUUCCUAGUGGUAGCCGUGUAUGCCAACCUGGCAGCCGUUCACCUGAAGCAGAAGAACAGGGACAGGUGUGCCCAGGUGGUGCCCAAAGCCUCGGCCCUGCUCCUGGGGACGCCCAGCCACGUCUGCAGCACCGAGGCAGAGGCAGAGCUCCUGAAGCAUGCUCUCCGGCGGGCAAUCGGCAGCCGGAGCCCACAGGCUGAGGCCCGGGCCUGCUUCCUGCUGGCCCGGCACCACAUCCACCUCAGGCAGGCCGACGAGGCCCUGCCCUUCCUGGAGAGACUGCUGCUUCUGCAGGGGGCCUUCGGGUCCCCAGAGGCCUCGUGGCCCGCAGACGGCUACCUGCUUCUGGCGGACAUCUACAGCAGGAAGUGCCUGCCGCACCUGGCGCUGAGCUGUGUCCAGGUGGGCUCGCGGCAGGCUCGGGGCUCCCUGCGCAGCUCGCUCAGGAGCGUGGCCCUGGUCCUGCAGAACACGCCAAGGGUCCACCGCCUCCCCUCCCAGAUCGCGCACCACCUCAGGCAGGCGCUAGCCUCCCUGGCCUCAGGCACAGGGCUGGCGCUGCACGGACCCCUCUGUGCCAGCCUGGCCCGGCUGUACAACCACCAUGGGCAGCACGGCAGGGCCAUCGCCUUCAUGAUGCGGGCGGUGGAGGCCAAUGCUGAGACUGGAGGCUGCCUGGCCGUGGACCACCUUCUGGCCCUGGCCUGGUUGCACGUGCUUCACGGACAGAGCCCACUGGCCCUGGACAUCCUGGAGUCUGUCCUGGACAUGGCAGUGGCCAGCAUGGACCAGGAGGGUGUGAUUGCCAACAUGGCGGCCGUGGCCCUGAAGAGGAUGGGCAGGAUCCGCCCGGCGGCCGAGGGCUACCACCGCGCCCUGUGCGUCGCCAGGAGCCUAGGCCGGCUGCGGAACGAGGCGGUGGUCCAGGCCAACCUCGGGGCCCUGUGCCUGCAGGUGGGUGCCCGCAGGCUGGCCCAGCACUACUUCCUGGAGGCUGUGAAGCUCUUCUCGAGACUGCCCAGCCAGGAGUGCGGCCAGGACUUCAUCCAGGUGCUCCUGCAGCUGGGGCUGCUGUGCACCCGCAGGGCCCUCGCCCGGCAGGGCAAGUGCUACUACGAGUGGGCCUUUCUGGUCGCCGUGCAGACGGACCACCUGGAGAGCCAGCUGCGUGCCGUCCAGCGGCUGUGUCACUUCUACAGCACUGUCAUGCCCAGCAAGGCCCAGUGUGUCGUCUACCACGAGUUUCAGCUCUCGCUGGCCCGCAGGGUGGCUGACAAGGUGCUGGAGGGGCAGCUCCUGGAGACCAUCAGCCGUCUCUACCUGUCCCUGGGCACUGAGCGGGCCUACAGAUCUGCGCUCGAGUACACCAAGCGCAGCCUGGGGAUCUUCAUCGACCUCCAGAGGAAGGAGAAGGAGGCGUCCGCAUGGCUGCAGGCGGGCAAGAUCUACUACAUCCUCCGGGAGAACGAGCUGGUGGACGUGUACCUCCAGGUGGCACAGAACGCGGCCCUGUACACAGGGGACCCCAACCUGGGGCUGGAGCUGUUUGAAGCCGCAGGAGACAUCUUCUUCAACGGGACCUGGGAGCGGGAGAAAGCCGUGUCCUUCUACCGGGAUCGGGCGCUGCCCCUGGCCGAGACAACAGGGAACCGGGAGGCUGAGCUUCGGUUGUGCAACAAGCUGGUGGUACUGCUGGCGGAGCUGGAGGUACCCCAGGAGGGCCUGGAGUUCGGCCACAUGGCCUUGGCACUCAGCAUCGCCCUGGGGGACCAGCUGAACGAGCGAGUGGCCUGCCACCGGCUGGCUGCCCUGCACCACCGGCUGGGCCACAGCGAGCUGGCUGAGCACUUCUACCUCAAGGCUCUGUCUCUCUGCAACGCGCCGCUGGAGUUCGACGAGGAGACCCUGUAUUACGUGAAGGUGUACGUGGUGCUUGGAGACAUCAUCUUCUACGACCUGAAGGACCCGUUUGACGCGGCUGGGUACUACCAACUGGCACUGGCGGCGGCCGUGGACCUGGGCAACAAGAAGGCCCAGAUGAAAAUCUACACACGCCUGGCCACCAUCUACCACAACUUCCUCCUGGACCGCGAGAAGUCCCUCUUCUUCUACCAAAAGGCCAGGACCUUUGCCACCGAGCUCAACAUACGCAGGGCCACCCUGAUUCCCGAGCGGUGCUGUGGGCGGGCACCCUGGCUGGCCCCUGGCCACCCGCCCUGAGUCCCUGUCCUCAUGGGAGUGGGCUCCCCGUCUGUCCUGGUGUCUCCGGGCGGCUCACUGUCUGGGAAAUGGAGGCACACAGUGGGGGUCACGCAGCAAUAAACACUUUUUGCAGUAA